AGUAGGGUCUAACCGCGCGCGAAGUUUAUUUUGAAAGCGGCUCGCGCCUUUUUCACCCUGUUCCACCGCUCGCGGACAAUCACAAACAAAAAGUAAUCAAUACUCGAGCCAACAUGGCGACUCCACCGAAGAGACCUUGCGACGGCUCCAACAGCUUUUCCCGCCGACAUAAGAAGAUCUCUAUCGAGGGCAACAUCGCUGCAGGUAAAUCCACCUUCGUGCGCCUCCUGCAGACAGCAUCUGAAGAAUGGGAGGUGAUUCCUGAACCAAUCGGGAAGUGGUGCAAUGUGCAGAAUGACAGUGAGGACAUUUACCAGGACUUGAGCUCGUCUCAGAAGAGUGGAGGAAACCUGCUGCAGAUGUUAUACGAUAAACCCAGCCGUUGGUCCUAUACUUUUCAGAGCUAUGCGUGUCUCAGCAGAGUUCGAGCUCAGCUUAAGGGUCCAUCCGCUAAACUUCAGCAGGCAGAAAACCCGGUUCAGUUCUACGAGCGCUCCGUUUACUCAGACAGGUAUGUGUUUGCAUCCAACCUCUUUGAGUGUGGAGACCUGACUGACACCGAGUGGAGUGUUUAUCAGGACUGGCACACCUGGCUAUUGAACCACUUUGAACCCGACAUCACCCUGAAUGGCAUCAUCUACCUGAGAGCCUCUCCACAGCGCUGUAUGCAGAGGCUGAUGCAUCGCGGCAGGGAUGAGGAACGGGGGAUUCCCCUCGAGUAUCUGGAGCAGCUUCACUCCAAACACGAGGCGUGGCUCUACCACAAGAACCUCAGGCUGGACUUUGAUUACCUCAGUGAACUUCCUGUCCUCGUUCUGGAUGUUGAUGACGACUUCAAGAAUGACCAAAUAAAACAAGAAGCUAUCAUCGAUAAGGUUCAAGAAUUUCUCACGUUGCUGUGAAGACUGGCCAAUCGUCGCUGAGGUGUCAGCCGCGGAGCUUCUGACUGGCUCGUUUUCGAGCUGAAGUUCAAUCAGAAAACUUGUUUUUAAAACUUUGUACAGUUUUAUUUUUUGAUGUUUUUAUUACUUGAUUUGAGAGAUCCCCUCAGCAGGUGUGCAUGCGAGGGUGUUUUACAAUUUAUGUCUACAACAUUCAAAUGAAUUAUUUUUUCUGUACAUUGAGCCAUUGGUAAACACAUCGUGAUGCCUUCAGGGCCCUCCUGCUAGUGUCUGUGUAAAUAAAUGAAAUAGACUGGUCUUCACUGACCAAACAAUCUAA